UCACUAGAGAAGAACAGAUGUUUUCAGUCCAAGUUAAUCAUCUCUAAUAAACCAGCAGGAAAUCUGUAUGAAUACAACACACCUCAUUGGCAAACAGGGACCCCUAACGUGUUUGUUUAGCUGUGUGUAUAUGUGCUCAGCUCCACCACUCGUUUCGUCAACGUUGAGUCGGUAAACUGGGACCGCAUUAACGGACAUGACUUCGUGGUAAAAACUUUUACUCUGAAGAAGUCAUUCUGAAUGAGCUUCACAUGUUUGAUCUCUGGAAGCAGUAUUGAUUGGGUGCAGACAAAAUGGGGCAAAACUCAUCACAACAGUUGCCUCUGAAGGACAGCAAAGAGGUUUCCAGCAUCUGUGAGGUCGUCAGCGAGGCUAUAGUCCAUGCAGCUCAGAAAGUGAAGGAGUAUCUUGGAUUUGAAGAUCCUCUGAGCAAUCUGUGCCCGGCUUCCAACACUCUGAAUGAGAUCUUCUUAAUCCACUUUGUCUCUUUCUGCCAAGACAAGGGAGUGGACGAGUGGCUCACCACCACCAAGAUGACCAAGCACCAAGCUGUACUGUCUGGGGCAGACUGGAUUUGGACCUUCUGGGGAUCCGAGAAACAGGUCAGGCUCCAGCUGGCGGUGCAAACUCUGCAAAUGUCUUCUCUCCCUCCUAUGGAAUCUAAGCCCCGUGACUUCUCACCUCCGGAAUCCAGGGCAGAGGAGCCUUUCAGGAAGAGAAGUAGAUUUGAUAAGCUGGAAGAAUUCUGUAAGUUGAUAGGAGAGGAUUGUCUGGGCCUGUUUAUCAUCUUUGGGGUGCCGGGUAAGCCCAAAGACAUCAGGGGAGUGGCCCUGGACAGUGUCAAAGGUGAGACCAUGCAGGGCCAGCUGCCAGGACGGAAGGCCGUGGCACAGUUUGUCCUGGAAACUGAAGAUUGUGUCUCCAUCAGAGAGCUGCUUGGAAACUGUCUGAGUAAGAAAGACGGGCUGAGAGAGGUGGACAAGGUUUAUAUUAGCAUCCUCUGAACUGGAUGUGCCCAAUGAGACUGGCCUGUAAAGGCAAAAAGGAAGAAUAUUUUAUUUUAGUCGGCAAGCUCAUCCACUUGCAUCAUCCCAGUGUGAGAUU